GACAUCAUAUCUCUCACCCCUCCUCCACUUUUCCUGCCAGUGUGUGGCUGCAGGAGCAUGGACCUGAGAGUGGUGGGACCACCUUGCCCCUAACCAUGGGCCCUGGAAUAAAGACCACCACAAAACAGGAAGCGGCCAUGUUCAUCCAGGCCUGGUGGCGGGGCACCCUGGUACGCCGGACACUGUUGCACGCAUCCCUCAGAGCGUGGAUAAUUCAGCGCUGGUGGAAGCAGAUGCUGGUGAAGCUGAUGGAGAAGAAGAAGCGAUUAUCCCUACAGUCCUAUGCUCAGCAAGAAUGGGCAGUGGUCAAGCUGCAGUCCUGGGUCCGCAUGUGGCGCUUACGCCUUCGUUACUGCCGUUUGCUCCACGCUGUCCGCAUCAUCCAGAUCUAUUGGCGCUGGCAUAUUUGUCAAACACGUGGCUUUAUUCAGGGCUGUUACAACCUCAAAGAAAGCCAACUAAAUCUUCAACUUGAAAUCUCUUUAGGCUUACAGGCUUGUAAAGUGCAACAGUGCAUACCCCUUCCAGUAAAUGAAUGAUCAGGUCUGCUA